AUGUCCGACGAGAACGGAGGCCCCCGAAGCCCGAUUACGCCGGUUACGGCGGCGAGCAAUAUCAGCAGGAAGCAGACCGUGUCCUCCCCCGGCGCGACACCAUCACCAGCACCCUCCGGCCAUUCCAUCAAACGCGCCGUGACUGUCGAUGAGUCCUCGCAACUGCGGCGCCGGACGCCGUUUGGCCAGUUUCCAACAGAGACAUCCUUCAUCGAGAGAGCUGGUCUGCAUCGGAGGAGAAGUUCAACACUUUCAGAUUAUAGCUUUGGAGAGGCGAGAGACCUGCUGAACCCAAAACCGACGGGCGUGCCGCCGCCAUCAUCCGACGACAUGUCAAAUUGGGCUUCAAUCCCUCUAGCCUUUGCUCUCCUCCCGGCCGUUGGUGGUCUUUUGUUUAAUAAUGGCAGCGCUGUCGUGACGGAUAUAAUGCUUUUAGGCUUGUCGGCCGUGUUUCUGCACUGGUCUGUGACACAUCCAUGGAACUGGUACCAUUCGGCACAGGCAGUGCGCGUUCGGGCAGAGGUCAGCACCAGUGCGGUCAUCGACGACGAAAGCGAGAACGAACAGGCCGUAGGGAGCCCUUCGUCGACGGCGUCUACCUUGAACGGUCAUGCAGUCAACGGAAGCCUUGACGAUGCGUCCGAGGUCCCCACCACACCCACGUCGUCGGUACAGGAACCGGCGCUCAAGGUUCCUCAAAAUGUGAAGAAGGAUGACGCACUGGCCGAGCUCUGGGUACAUGAGAUCUUGGCUUUGGUAUCAUGCUUCAUGUUCCCCAUGCUGGGUGCAUAUCUUCUGCAUGCCAUUCGCGCGCAGCUGAGCCGUCCCUCCGAGGGGCUGGUAUCCAACUACAACCUGACCAUCUUUCUGCUUGCUGCAGAGCUCCGCCCGCUGUCACACAUGAUGAAGCUAGUUCAGUGCCGGACGCUUCAGCUGCAGCGAGACGUCCACGCAAACCCGUUCAAAGAGGAGGCUGUUACGCCGGACCAAGUCAGGGUAUUGAUGGCCAGGCUAGAAUUACUAGAAUCACGACCGGAGCCGACGCCGAUCAAGCAGAAUGGUAACUCGGACACUUCCAAAAUCAAGCAAGAGGCCUCCAUUGCUCGCGAUGUUCGCAACGCCAUCCAGCCUGAUCUUGACGCUCUGAAUCGAGCAGUGCGACGGUAUGAGAAGAAAGCUACGGUCCUCGCCUUUCAAACCGAAUCGCGCUUUGCGGCUGUUGACACGCGGUUGAACGACGCCAUCGCACUUGCAGCUGCCGCGGCCAAAAACAGCGCCGCGCGGCCGGGAUUCUUGCAGUGGCUGGUAGAGUCAGUCUGGGCCAUCAUCACAAUGCCAUUCUUUGCGGUGGUGGCGUUGCUGGUCUUGCCCUUCAAGACGGUCCGUGGGCUUCUGAAGCGUAAGAAGAAGCAGUUGCCGGAACGGAGCUCGAGGUCGGGCCGCAAUGGAAAGACGGUGGGCCACAGAAUGGCGACAGACCGACCCCCGAGUCGAGUUUCGAAGCGAUGA